CUUUACGCUGUCAUCGUACGGCAUAUCUGGUUUGUUUAUGUCCAAAUCAGAUUUCGCUGUUCGUCCUCAUUGUGCGGACGAUUUAGUGGAAUGGUUUGAUAAGCCACAUUACAUUGUAAAGUGAACUGACGUUACGUGCCUUCUACGAGAGUAACCUCUAGCACUGGUAGAUAUAAAGUGAAACGAAAAUUCCGCUUGCGAACAUACGGUUCACAGUUAAAACGCAUAGCUUGACGCAAACCCGUGAUCUCCCAUUAUAUCCGGGACGCCCAGUAACAAGGUCGAGUAUGGGUACGGAUUGUAUGCAGCCUGGUAAGCGUGGACUCACCGUGUCGGUUGCAGUGCUCGGUGGUGCGUGUUUAACAGUAAUGCUGGCUUAUCUGGCUUUCGGAGACAGCACUGAUGAGUCCGGAUUGCGAACGCUUCGGAUGGUGAGCAUCAUUUUUCGCCACGGUGACCGUUCUCCCACCGAUUUUUAUCCAAACGAUCCACAUCGGAAUCAUCACUGGACGGGCGGUUUAGGCGCCUUAUCUGAGAAAGGAUCUCAACAAAUGUACCAGCUUGGCAAGUUGUUACGACCGCGAUAUUAUCGUUUGCUUCCCCCGAACGGUUUAUACUCCAAGGAGCACAUGACCAUAGUGAGCAGCUACGCCGAGCGAUGCAUAAUGAGCGCCCAGAGCUUUAUAGCCGGAUUUCUUCCUCCGCUGGAAAACACUAACCCUUUGCCAAUUCCAUGGCAGCCAGCAGCGGUCAAUGUACUACCACGUGAUCGUGACACGAUUUUAGCUCAAAAGCAACCCUGUCCAAGGUACGACCAAUCGAAACAACGGCUGCAAGCGUACCCUCCGAAAGAUGUUCGGGAAUUAUACGAAAAGAAUGCGGCCCUGUUUCGUACGCUUAGCCAAGGCACUGGCCAAAAUAUCAGCACCAUUCUCGAUGUUGAGCUGCUGUACAAUACGCUUGAGAUAGAGAGAUCGGCUGGUUUAGAGCUACCCGAUUGGACGGAAGGAAUUUUCCCUCAGAAGAUGCUUCCGAUUGCCGAACGUAGCUUGGCGCUCAUAACCGAGUUGCCGUUGAUGAAAAAAAUUAAAGGUGGAGCGAUCGUGGCGGAACUGCUGGACAAUGCCAUUCGCCGACGCUCGGGCAUACUGAUACCGGAGCGAAAUAUUUUCAUUUACUCCGGACACGACGUUACGCUGGUUAACUUUAUGCGCGCUCUUAAUGUAAUCGACCAGACGACCGGUAAACCGGACUUUUCGGCCACUAUUGCGUUUGAAUUGCACCACAGCAUAACGUUCGAUGACGAUUUUGAAGUCAAAAUGGUGUACUUCUUUAACAGUGAGGACAAGUAUCCGAAGGAGAUCGAAAUACCGAAUUGCGAAAGUCCUUGUUCGCUUACCAAGUUCGAGCAAGUUAUGGACACUGUGCGUUUGAGAAACUAUGACGAAACGUGCCAGCUGGUUUGAAACUCCCAAGAGCGCGGUAGCCACUUACAUCGAUCAUCACAUUGGUGGUAUUAUGCACACUCUGCAUUAACUUAAGCUAUACGGUGAUGUAUGUUAGCUUUUAGAACCACAAUGCCAAAAAAGACAAUCUCAUUAGAAUCAUGUAUGCCAUGUGGCAUCAUCUUUGUAAAAUUUAUGCAUAUUUUGUUAACAUGUGUUGUUAUUCUAAUAAACUAAGUGUUUGAAAACUUCAA